AUGGAGAAGGAAGGCAGCUCUAGUCAUCAAGCCAGUCGGCUUGAAGCUGGCUCUCUAGAACAUAACGACUUGGUAGAUCCUAACAUCGUUGACUGGUCUGGGCCAGAUGAUGUUGAAGAUCCUCACAAUUGGUCCAGCUCUAGGAGAUGGGCGCAAAUCAUUUUGGUUUCUCUGUUUGCUUUGGUCACAAACAUGGCCCCAACUAUUUGCGCACCCGCCAUUGAACAGAUCAUCUCGGAAUUUCAGAUUGCCUCCCAAAACGUCAGUACUCUGGCCAUUACCAUCUAUCUUCUCGGCCUAGCUGUCGGACCUAUGUUCAUGUCGCCUUUGAGCGAGGUGUACGGCCGUCAGCCUGUCCUACUUGUCGCCAAUCUGCUCUUCGUAUGCUUCAUCGUAGGCUGUGCACUGAGUCAAGAUGUCGGGGAAUUCAUGAUAUUCCGGUUCUUGUCAGGAUGCGCAGGUGGCACUCCAAUGACUUUGGGUGGGGGAACAAUUGCAGAUGUCACUCGCAUGGACAAGCGAGCUGUUGCCAUGGCUUUAUUCAGUCUGGGACCUUUGACUGGGCCUGUUCUCGGCCCUGUAAUUGGGGGUCCCAUCGCAGCUAGUAUAGGCUGGCGUUGGAGCUUCUGGCUAAUGUCAAUCCUUGGAGGCGCUGUUGGAAUUGCAUCUCUGGUUUUGGGGCGUGAAACAUCUCCCAAGAUCCUUCUUGAACGUAAGGCAGCUUGUCUUCGCGCCUCAAGUGGCAACAAAAAUUUGCGAUCCAAACUUGCGCACCAUCUCACACCCCAGGAAGUGCUCUUUCAAGCACUUUUCAAGCCGCUCAUGCUUCUGGUCCGCUCACCGGUCUUGCUAAUUAUAUCACUCUACGUCGCUCUGGUUUUCGGACUUAUGUAUCUUCUAUUUACUACAUUCCCAGAAGUGUUCGAAGGCCAGUAUGGGUUUGGUACAGCUACAUCCGGUCUGGUGUAUCUCGGUUUGGGAGUCGCAUUAGUGGUGUGUAUGUUGAUAUUCAAAGCUUUUAAUAUGCGAGUUCAGGAGACCUGUAUGAAGCGCGAUGGAGUCCAACAACCAAAAGCCGAAUACCGAUUGGUCCUUAUGAUGUUCUUCAGCCCAUUUGUCGGAGUUGGUCUUUUCAUAUACGGGUGGUCGACCCUAUACAAGGUUCACUGGAUUGUACCCAUAAUUGGCACCAGUUUGAUUGGCGUUGGCGCAUUCUUCGUCCUAAUGCCUGCACAGCUUUACCUGGUGGACUUGUUCGGCUCCGGCGCUGCUGCCUCUGCGCUUGGCGCUAAUAACAUCCUUCGUUACUUGUCGAGCACAUUCCUGCCACUUGCGGGUCCUGCCAUGUAUAAAGCUCUUGGUUAUGGUUGGGGAAACACUCUACUGGGGUUCCUUUCACUGUGCUUUGUUCCAGCUCCGAUUCUCUUCUACAAGUAUGGGGAGUCCCUUCGCACUAGGACUCCCGUCAAAGUAUAG